ACGCGAGUAGCUUGUCUUCGAACAGAGACCAUAGCGCCGAGAGGUGUGCAAUAACAGCAACAGUGCUGUUAUUUUAUCCUCCAAAUCUCAAUGAACUGUUUGCUAAGAAAGCACUGAUCUUGCCUGCAGCUUUUGCAGGGCAAAGGCAUUGAUCAGUGUAACCAAAAGUACAUUUCCUUUCCUUAUGAGAUUAUUUUCAUAGACUUUUAUUACUAGUCAUUUGUAAUAUACAUUCAUACAACCAUGGUGCUAGGGAAGGUUAAGAGCUUCACAGUAAGCUACGACUGUCUGAAUGACAGCAACGUCCCCGUUUUCUCAAGCGGGGAUUCGGUCUCAGGAAGGGUGAUCAUCGAAGUCACCGGAGAAAUACGCGUGAAAUCUCUCAACAUUCACGCCAAAGGAAUUGCUAAAGUUCGUUGGACUGAAUCACGAAAUGCUGGAUCCAAUACUGCCUACACUCAAAAUUACACCGAAGAGGUGGAAUACUUAAACCAUAGUGACAUCUUAAUCGGACAUGAAAGAGAUGAGGAUAACUCGGAGGAGAGUCUCACCACUCUCCAUUCAGGAAGACACGAGUAUGCAUUUAGCCUUGAGCUUCCACAAACACCUCUGGCUACCUCCUUUGAAGGCAAGCACGGCAGUGUCCGGUACUGGGUAAAAGCUGAACUACACAGACCCUGGCUACUCCCCAUGAAAGUGAAAAAGGAAUUCACUGUCUUUGAACACAUAGACAUCAACACUCCUCUGUUACUGUCUCCCCAGGCAGGCACGAAAGACAAGACAUUGUGUUGCUGGUUCUGCACCUCAGGCCCCAUCUCCUUAAGUGCCAAAAUUGAAAGGAAGGGUUACACCCCAGGAGAGUCCAUUCAGAUCUUCGCUGAAAUCGAGAACUGCUCCUCCCGCAUGGUCGUGCCAAAGGCAGCUGUUUACCAAACACAGACCUUCUACGCCAAAGGGAAAAUGAAGGAGGUCAAACAGCUAGUUGCCAACUUGCGGGGGGAGUCGCUGUCGUCCGGGAAAACGGAGACGUGGAGCGGAAAAAUGCUGAAGAUCCCACCCGUCUCUCCCUCCAUCCUAGACUGCAGCAUUAUCCGAGUGGAGUACUCUCUGAUGGUGUAUGUGGACAUUCCUGGAGCGGUGAACCUGUCCCUCAACCUGCCGUUGGUCAUCGGCACCAUCCCCCUCCACCCCUUUGGAAGCCGCACGUCCUCCGUCAGCAGCCAGUGCAGCAUGACCAUGAACUGGCUUAGCAUGGCCCUGCCGGAGAGACCUGAAGCACCACCGAGCUAUGCAGAAAUCGUCACGGAAGAGCACAGGCGGAAUGGCCAGGACCUGGCUGCCGCUAGGGACGAAUUUGAGGGCACACUGUUCGCUUACAUACAAGAGUUCCGUUUCCAGCCCCCUCCACUCUACUCCGAGAUCGAUCCAAAUCCGGAUCAGGUCAGCGGAACCGAGGAAAGGAGGCCUGACACCUGUCCAUCACGCUGAAGGGCACGCCCAACACCCGCCCAGUGUAGGCGGUCCUCUUGUCAGUUCGUUUUUUUUUCCCCCUUGAUGGCAUCCUCAACUUGCUGCCAACGUUGAGAGGAAAAAAAACAAAUAUCCUAAGUGGACGCGGUCCUUGCCCAGAGAUGUGCAGGAAGUGUCCGACAGGUCACUUCCUGUCCACCUUGGGUCAGACGCAUACAAACACACCAGACUUCUGCCUGUUGAGUGUUUUUUAUUAUAAUUUUUUCCUGGUUUCCUCCGUGACCUUGGCAUUUACAUGACUCUAACCCAGUAGAGCUAUCGCAUCGAGAACUGUGCCGAAUAAAGGAAAAAUUAAAGAAAAACAGAAACAAACAUCUGUAGUGCUCAGCAACAGUCGACUACGGAGCAAAGACUACACGCCUCCUGCCUCAUUUGGAAUUUUGCACAUAUUAUUCUUUGCUUUUGUUAUGUGGUUCCAUUUAAAAAAAAAAAAAAACACUAAUUAUCAUUUUUGCCACUCGUAUAUGCUGGACUAAGUGACUGCAGGCUUUAACUCCUAGCUAACUCCUUGUCCGCACAACUAUGAACAAUGCAAAGGAGAACUUUAAGAAGAAAAACUGAAUAAGACAAAAAAAAAAAAAAAAAAA